GGCUCGAAUAACACCCACACAAGCAUCAGAAGACCGAGAGCCCAUUCAAAGAGAAAGAAAGCCCAUUCAAGAAAAAAGCUCAAUUACAGAGAUUUCUUUCUCCUCCCAUGGCCGGAAAAAGCUUCUUCUCUAAACAUGCCUACCGGUUCUUAGCUGGAGACCGAGAAACCCCACCGAAUUCCGACGCCUGCAGCGUCGAAUUCGAUGAAGCCGAUGUCUGGAAUUCGCACCCCCAGCAGCAGGAAUUCAAGAAGCAGAUGCCGAGUUCAAGAAUCUUGAAGAAAUCGACGAAGAGGGUUGAGAGUGGUGAUCGGACGGCUGCGUCGUCGCUGCCGGUGAAUAUCCCUGACUGGUCGAAGAUUCUUCGGGAGGAUUGCAGGGAUUCGAGGAGGGAAUUCGAGGGGGAUUCGGAUGGAGACGAGGAAGAAAUGAGGAUUCCACCGCAUGAGUUUCUGGCGAAGCAGUUCGCGCAGACGAGGAUCGCUUCGUAUUCUGUUCAUGAAGGGAUUGGGCGGACGCUGAAAGGUAGGGAUUUGAGUCGUGUGAGGAAUGCGAUUUGGGAAAAAACAGGUUUCGAAGAUUAAGAGAAAGGAGGGAAAAAAAAGGACCCAAUUCGGAGAGAGAGAGAGAGAGAGAGAGAGAGAGAGAGAGAGAGAGAGAGAGAGAAAACAGAAAACUCAGAAAUUUCAUUUCAAUCUCCUGUUUUCUUUCUUUCUUUUUUGUUUUUGUUGGAUUUUGGGGUAUUGGGUAAACGGGUUUUAUCAGAACUGAUGAUUCGUGGGUGUUAUUCUAACUUAAUAGAGAUUGUAUUUGAAUUUGCAGAGGAAAUCUAAAUGUUUUUUUUUUCUUUAA